ACUCCCUCACUUCCCAUUUCUCUUCUGUUCUCUCUUUGCUUCUGUGUUCUCUAUCAUUCCCACUCUUUUUUCCCAAACAGCACAAAAAGAGAAAACAAAAGCGAAAUAAGAGAGAGAGAGAGAAAGAUUGGAUUCUUGAGAGAGAGACUCACCGCCGGCGACACUUCUCACUGAAGUAAUAAUGCACAGGCAACUCUCCUUCUCAGCACGCGCCACCGCAGAAAUGCACUGAUUCAGGAGCUGUUGCAGUGAACGAGAAAGCCACACAGUCGCGUCACCGCAGAGUUAGAAGAGAAUGCGCGAAGCCCUCGCGUGUGACGUCGCCGGUGCGGUGUCGUCUCCGGCACCACCGGUGGUUGUGACGGGACGGAGCCGUUCGCAGGGAUUUCCGCGGCGAGUGACGCCCGCGACGCUGCCUCUGGCGCCGUUGUCUGGAUCGGCUGUUGAGCGUGUUCUUCCUAACGGCGACUUCUACGCCGGGAGCUUCUCCGGCAACGUGCCUCACGGAUCGGGUAAGUACCUGUGGACGGACGGGUGCAUGUACGAGGGUGAGUGGAAGCGGGGAAAGGCCUCCGGCAAGGGGAAAUUCUCGUGGCCCUCGGGCGCGACCUAUGAGGGCCAGUUCAAAUCGGGUCGAAUGGAAGGGUUUGGAACCUUCGUCGGAUCCGACGGCGACACUUACCGCGGGUCGUGGAUCUCCGACCGGAAACACGGGUUUGGGCAGAAGCGCUACGCUAACGGGGACUUAUACGAAGGGUGUUGGAAGCGCAACGUGCAGGACGGUCACGGACGUUACGUCUGGAAGAACGGGAACGAGUACGUCGGGGAAUGGAAGAACGGCGUGAUUAACGGCAAGGGUGCUCUGGUGUGGGCCAACGGGAACCGUUACGAGGGGCAGUGGGAGAACGGGGUCCCCAAGGGUCACGGCGUUAUGAAGAUUCAGCAUCGUUUGCUCUGGGGCGAGAAUUUCAGCGUGAAGCGUUUCUCUGUUGACGGAAGAGGGAGCGUAAAUAAUGACAAGAGUUUCCCCAGGAUUUGCAUCUGGGAGUCGGAGGGUGAAGCGGGAGACAUCACGUGCGAUAUUAUCGAUAAUGUGGAAGCGUCCAUGUUUUACCGCGACGGAACGACGUCGGAUUCUGAAGAUUUGAGAAAGAACCCUUGUUGUUUCGCCAGCGAAGUGAAGAGACCCGGGGAAACAAUUUCGAAAGGUCAUAAGAAUUAUGACUUGAUGCUUAAUCUGCAAUUGGGGAUAAGGUACUCUGUUGGGAAGGAGGGUUCCACUUUGCGGGAGCUUAAGCAGAGUGAUUUUGAUCCGAAGGAGAAGUUCUGGACUAGGUUUCCCUCCGAGGGGUCCAAGAUUACGCCGCCGCAUCAGUCCGCCGAGUUUCGAUGGAAGGAUUACUGUCCGGUGGUUUUUGGGCAUUUGAGACAGCUGUUUCAGGUCGAUCCUGCUGAUUACAUGUUGGCUAUAUGUGGGGAUGAUGCUCUUCGGGAGCUUUCUUCUCCUGGGAAAAGUGGAAGCAUCUUCUACUUGACCCAGGAUGAUAGAUUCAUGAUAAAGACGGUGAAGAAAUCUGAAGUCAAGGUGCUUCUUCGGAUGCUUCGAAGUUAUUAUCAACAUGUUUCUCGAUAUGAGAAUUCACUUGUGACAAAAUUCUAUGGGGUGCACUGUGUUAAGCCAAUUGGAGGCCAGAAGAUCCGGUUCAUUGUGAUGGGCAAUCUUUUUUGUUCCGAAUAUCCAAUUCAUAGACGAUUUGACUUGAAAGGAUCUUCACAUGGGCGCACCACAGAUAAACCCGAGGAGGACAUUGAUGAAACGACCACCCUCAAAGACCUUGAUCUCAACUUUGCGUUUCGUGUACAAAGAAAUUGGUUUCAGGAACUCAUCAAACAAAUUGAGCUGGACUGUGAGUUCUUGGAAGCCGAGAAAAUUAUGGAUUACAGUCUUCUAGUUGGCAUUCAUUUUCGUGAUGAUAAUACGUGUGACAAAAUGGGGCUUUCACCUUUUCUCCUGCGCACUGGCAAUAGGGAUACUUAUCAGAAUGAAAAGUUCAUGCGUGGUUAUCGCUUUCUUGAAGCAGAGCUACAAGAUAGAGAUAGAGUUAAAUCUGGAAGGAAAUCAUUGAUUAGGCUAGGAGCCAAUAUGCCUGCAAGAGCUGAGCGAGUGGCACGGAGGAGUGACUUCGAUCAAUACACCACUGUUGGAAUCAGCCAUUUGACCCCUUAUCGGAGCGGGGAGACUUACGAUGUGAUUCUAUAUUUUGGGAUUAUUGACAUUUUGCAAGAUUAUGAUAUCAGCAAGAAGCUUGAGCAUGCUUACAAGUCAUUGCAAGUUGACCCUUCUUCAAUUUCUGCUGUUGAUCCAAAGCUGUACUCCAAGAGGUUUCGUGAUUUUGUAGGUAGAAUUUUCAUCGAAGAGAGGUAGCAGAUUGAUGGACAUGGAAUGAGACACAAAUAUUUCUUCCUUAAGGUGAAGAAGAUUUCUGGUUGUUAUGGUUCAUAGCAAUCAGGAAAAAAUGCUUCAGAUUUGAAACCCAUUGCAAUGAUCUUGGAGUUGACUGGUUAAAAUGCCACUCUACGGUCAAGUGGCCUACAGAAGGUCGCGGUAGUUGGGGUUGUUUGUGGCUUAGUUUUAAAAAUAGAGCCAUGGUGAUGGUACGGUGAAGGACGGGAAAACUUGUACAUGAAGAAGGGGAUGAAUUAUCAUUUUGUUUAUUGCUUUGGUUCAAGAAAUGGGGUUGGGCUUGUUGAAUUUUUUGUGGUUACUGCAUAGAAUAUGAAUAUAUAUGAUGGAGAGAUAAGAAAGAGGGAAGGGCGUGGAGUGUUUCCCUGAUGUUCGAUUCAAAAUGCGUGGAUAAGUAGGAAAUAAGGAAAAUGUACAGUGUUUAUACAAAGGAUGGAUAGUUGAAGGAAAUUAUUAAUUUAAUUUUGUAUUUUGAUCAUUGUUCUUGAAUUAUUGAUCGACACUUGAAAGCGUGUAAUGUUGUGAGAGUGAGAUGUAGUGUCGUUGGGUUAUCUUCCACACAGCAAAGUCUCUUAUCUGAUGAAAGGAACAUAAAUAAGUGGGGCUUCAUUGCGGGGUUGAAGAAAAAUGAAAACUGGGGUCGUUGGGUUAGCUUUUGCAGUGAAAGCGAGGGCGUUUGGCUUCAAAGUGUGUUGAGGGCAUCAAAAGCAGAGAAAGGAAGAGAGAGAGAGAGGGCUGAGAGAUGCGCUGGUUUCUCUCAUGCUUUUCACUGUUUAUGUGCCUCUCUCAUUCUAGUUAUUUUUAUAUCUUAAUCUAGUAAAAAAUUGACCAAAGUUUU